UCGAUCCCUCCUCCCCCACACUGGAUAAGCUACCCUCGUGGACCUCUCUCCACACUUUCGCUUUCUCUCUGUUUUCCGAGGAAAAGAGAAUAAAAUCCGUACCUGCAAUGCAGUCUUCCUUAUGGAUUUUCUCUCGGCUUUCUCUAUAACCUAAAUUUUAGCGGAAGUUUUUGAAUCGUGGCUCUCUCCCUUCAAUUUUAGUUCUCUAUUCUUCUGCGUACUUGUACAAAUAUAGAGAAUGGCCGCGGUUAGUUCUGUUUCGUUCUCGGCAUUAGGUCGAUGUUGUAGUGAGAAGAAAGUGUUCAAAUCAUCAACGAGCUCUCGAGGUUCUAAUUUCGAGGGGUUCCGUUUCCGUACUAGGUUGUUGUACUACUGCGUGGGCGGUAGAGCGUCGAAUUCGACUCCUUGUGCGGUUAUGCAGUGCAUGUCCGCCAGUACAGAUGUGCCAACUGUAUCUGAAACAAAGAUGAAUUUUCUGAAGGCAUAUAAGAGACCAAUCCCCAGUAUCUAUAGCACAGUUCUGCAAGAGCUGAUUGUUCAGCAACACUUGAUGAGGUACAAGAGGACAUAUUUUUAUGACCAUGUGUUUGCCCUUGGUUUUGUUACUGUAUAUGAUCAGUUAAUGGAAGGAUAUCCAAGUGACGAGGAUCGAGAUGCCAUAUUCCAAGCAUACAUAAAGGCAUUGAAUGAAGAUCCAGAAAAGUACAGAGCUGAUGCACAAAAGUUGGAAGAGUGGGCUCGGGCUCAGACUGCCAAUUCAUUACUUGAGUUUGCAUCGAGAGAAGGAGAAAUUGAAGGUAUAUUAAAGGACAUUGCAGAAAGAGCAGGAAGUAAGGAAAGUUUCAGCUACAGUCGUUUUUUUGCCAUUGGGCUGUUUCGUCUUCUUGAGCUUGCUAAUGCAAGUGAACCAACAAUACUGGAAAAGCUUUGUGCUGCCUUAAAUGUCAGCAAAAGAAGUGUGGAUCGGGAUCUAGAUGUAUAUCGCAAUUUGCUCACAAAGUUGGUUCAAGCAAAGGAGUUAUUGAAGGAGUUUGUGGAUAGGGAGAAAAAGAAACAAGAAGAAAGGGUUCAAUCGCAGAAGGCGGACGAGGCUAUCAAAAAGUGUGUGGGAGAAUAUCAAUAUGCUGGUCUGUAGUUCAUCCCCUUCAGCAGUUCACACAACUCGUUGAUUCCCUUACAUCUAACCCUUCUGCAUCACAGAACUUUCUCCUUUUGUUUUGAGGUAAGAGUUGGAGCGUUUGUGUCUUUUUAAACAUAUGCGGCUUUCGCAUCCCUUUGGGGAUAUCCGGGAAAAAAUGUGUAUUUUACUUCUUCAGAUUGGUUUAUUUAUGCAACCUGUUGAAACAAUUUUGUGUCUCUAAACUAUACUUCUCCCCAGUCUUUCCUUUCCCGUGGUCUCUUCUCAUUUUUAUGUCAGGUGGCUCCUCGUUGCUUUCAUUUCAACUUGAGUUUGAGAUUUAAGUUGUAAAAUGGUAAUCUCUACUCAUCCCUUUGUUGUGUUUUA